GCGCGGGGACCUCCGCGGGAGCAGGGCGGAGGCUAGAGCGGCUGCGGACUCCUGGCCCGGGCUGGUGGGGAGACCUGGAACCCCUGCCCGGCCGGGCGCUGCCAUCCUCAUGCAUCACGUGCCCUACGCGGGACCAUCCCAGCUAGGUUCCUGCGCCUACCUUUCGGGGGGACCCGGCAGGAGUUAAGAAGUCUCUGUUCCUUUACUCCAAACCAGAAGACUUUGUUUCCUGCAUUGAGAAUAGAAAUAAUACUGGUUAGAAACUGGCUGUUUAAAACUGAAGAUUGUCAUGACUACUUAACCAAAGCUUUAUGCUGAAGUCAGAUUAAAAGUCUUGGAAAUACUAAAUUGGGGUUCCCCAAAUCUGUUUUAGAACCAUGAAAAUUUUGCUCGUUUUUGACUUUGACAAUACAAUCAUAGAUGACAAUAGUGACACCUGGAUUGUACAAUGUGCUCCAGAGAAAAAGCUUCCUAUUGAACUACAAGAUUCUUAUGAAAAAGGAUUUUGGACAGAAUUUAUGGGCAGAGUCUUUAAGUAUUUGGCAGAUGAAGGUGUAAGAGAAGAUGAAAUGAAAAGAACAGUGACAUCAAUGCCUUUUACUCCAGGGAUGGUGGAACUUUUAAACUUUAUAAGAAAGAACAAGGAAAAAUUUGAUUGCAUCAUUAUUUCAGAUUCAAAUUCAGUCUUCAUAGAUUGGAUUUUAGAAGCUACCAAUUUUCAUGAUGUGUUUGAUAAAGUGUUUACAAACCCAGCAGCUUUUGAUGGCCGUGGUCAUCUCACUGUGAAAAAUUACCAUGCUCAUUCUUGCAACAGAUGUCCCAAAAAUCUUUGCAAAAAUGUAGUUUUGGUAGAAUUUUUAGAUAAACAGUUACAACAGGGAGUGAAUUACACACAAAUUGUUUAUAUAGGUGAUGGUGGAAAUGAUCUUUGUCCAGUAACCUUUUUAAAGAAGAACGAUGUUGUCAUGCCACGGAAGGGAUAUACUUUACAAAAAACUCUUUCUAGAAUGUCUCAAAAUCUUGAGCCUACGGAAUCUUGUGUUGUAGUUUGGUCUUCAGGUGUUGAAAUAAUUUCUCAUUUACAGUUUCUAAUAAAGGAAUAAUAUGCCAACAAUUGAAAUGUGUAUCAGUUAAGAUUAGGAACAGUAGCAUAAAACUAAAACCCCAAGCACAGUGGCUAAAAAAAAAAAGACUUUUUUCCUCUCACUUAAAAGAAUUCUAUAGGUAAGUAUCCCUCAAGGCGGCUGUGUUGCUCUACCAGUUUCAGCACUUGGCUACCAACUCAUGAUACAAGAUUGUUGUUUUAAGUUCCAACCCUCACAGCAACAUUCUGU